ACUCGCGAGUACAGAGUGAUCGCGCGCGCGCCAGUGUUGCAUCUGUGUUAGUGCUUGACUGCGAGUGACUCAAGAGAUCAUUGUGUUGAGCUAUGACAUUAGGGCAUGGGGUCGGCUUGUAGGUGAGCUGGUGGGCAAGAUAUCGGGCGCGCGGCGCGGCUCGGGCGGCGGAGGCUCCCCCAUGGUGCUGGAAGGCGGGCUGCCGGCGCCGCUGCAGCUGUAUGCGGCGGCGGCGGCUCAGCUGGCCCCGCGGCCUCCGUGGCCGCCGUUCCUGCCCUUCUUCGGGGUCCCGCCGCCGUUCCUGGCGCGGCCGCGGCUGCCGCAUCCGAUGCCGGCGCGGGCCCCGCACGGGCCGCCCAGCGAGGACUCCAAUGAGGAUGGUGCCAGUAGUAAAGGCGGUGUCUGCGACGAUGACGGUGACAGCGGCAAGAGGCGGCGCUCCCGAACGAACUUCAACUCCUGGCAGCUUGAGGAGUUGGAGCGAGCGUUCCUCGCGUCACACUACCCUGAUGUGUUCAUGCGGGAGGCCCUGGCUAUGAGGCUGGACCUUAAAGAGAGUCGAGUUGCUGUAUGGUUCCAAAACCGCCGAGCGAAGUGGCGCAAGAAGGAACACACAAAGAAAGGACCAGGUCGGCCAGCUCACAACGCUCACCCGCAGUCCUGCUCCGGAGAACCCAUACCUCCGCAUGAGCUCAGAGCCAGGGAGAGGGCGAGAAGAAGAAAGAAGUUGGCAAAAGCGUUGGAGAGACAAGCAAGGAAGCUGCGGGCUAAAGGCAUUGCAGUUGACCUGGAGGCACUGAAAGCAGAGUACCUAGCGCAGCACAAGAACAGUGGGCUUUACUCUGACUCAGAUGGAGACGCUGAAGGCGAAGACAGCAUGAUCGACGUUGUCGGAGGAGACUCCUGCCACGACUCGGGACCUGAAGACUUCUCACUGUCUGGCAGACUCCGGGCCCCAUCAGGCGCCGAUGGCAUGAACCACUCCGACAGCUCCACAUCAGACGGUCACUCCGCACGGAACUUCAGCCCCAUCCCCGACCCUCAGCCCUCCUUCUUCAAACACUUCGGCGGAGCCAGCACGAACUUCGAGAAGUUCGAUUUCGACUCCGGCCGAGCUGUCUCCUUAGACCUGAGUGGCGGGGGCCACGCCACCGAACAGGACAUGUCCAAAAACGGGGGAACAAGAAAACAUAAUCCUUUCAGUAUAGAGUCGUUGCUUAACACGUGAAAGUGACUGUAACUUGUGACUAUAGAGGCUCUCGUAUCGUGACUACACCAGUGAAGUUCGCGCUGUGACUCGAGUGGAACAACAGUGACGUAACGUUCUAACAUCCAGGUACUUGUCAUACAAAUAUGGACUUUUGGCUUAGUAUCUUGAGGUGCAAAUUAGUUCGGGAUCUAAUCAUUUGAAUGCGGCGUCAGUACUGUUGCGCUCGAACAGCCCUACAGGCAUUUCAGAGAUGUUCCUUUGCUUACAGUUAAACAAUUGUUAUUA